CAAGAAAUGCUUUGCCUAGGAUUCGUGUUGACGUCAAGAGAAUUUGUAUGAUAGCUCUAGGAGAAGACUGUAAAGAAUAAGCGGUAUAGAGAGGAGCAGAGGAUAAAACUAUACCAUGGACCGACAGCAGAAGAAAAGCUGAUGAUCGCAGUGGACGGACUCGGAGAAGCGACAAAAUUUAGUGCUGAUCGUCCACGUGAGCGAGCAAAGAUUUUUCUCCCUCACUCACCCAUGUCGUCUUCAACCAUUUCUCAGAAAAAACGGAAGAAUACCUCGCCAGCGCCAGGCGGAUUACCCGUAAAGAAGACAAAACGCGACAAUGACUACGCAAACAAGAAGACCAAAGAUAAGAAGGGAAAAGGACGCGAAUCAGAUUUUCAUGUCGUCCAAGCAUCUCUAGUCCUGUCAAUACCUCCCAAAUUUGCUGAUAACCCCAAAUCUGGUGUAAAUGAGAUGCUUGAUUCAAUGGUAAUGAGAUAUAUACCAGGUCUUCAAGGGGUUGUACUGUCUCAUUCCAGCUUGACAUUCCUCGAUGACAUGGCUUCCAUUAAAGCCGAUUGUCCGUUUCUUGUCUGUCGAGUUGCAUUUGACGCGACUGUCUGGAGUCCUCAUGUAGGAAUGCGGCUCGAAGGUCGAAUAAAUCUCUGUUCCCCGGAUCACAUAUCACUGCUAGUACAUCGCACGUUCAACGUAUCUGUACCUCGUCAUCAUAUACCUUCCGAGGACUGGGAGUUUGAAUAUGGUCCCGCAGAGAAUGAUCCUCAAUUUGGACCUGAUGCUGUGGAGAAGGAUGCCACGUCGCCUACCGCAGAGAAGUCUGCUGGAGAAGGCGGAAGAUGGACACACAAACUGACGGGCGAUCUUAUUGGCGGCAAGUCCGGGCACCUGGAAUUUACAGUCAUCGGGCUUACUGUUGCGAAUGAAAUGCUGUCGGUCGUUGGAUCCAUACAGCCAGACCCCUUCUCACUAGCUCAUGUUGCAACAUCGUCACACACUCAAGCACCUGAGGAGUCAGAGGGUGAAGGCGAAGGUAUUACCUUGGUCGAAGAUGACAACGCCAGUAGUGUAGAUGAGGAUGAUACAUUCGCGGCGCUUGGGAGGGAAGCGGAAAAAGCUCAGAAGAAGGCGAAGGAGGAGAAAAAUCAGAAACGAAAGUUGAAGGCAACUACAACUGAGCCUAAAGGUAAAAAAAAGCAGAAGAAGAGUUCAUGAGGUUUCUUCCUGUAUUACUCGACUGAGACUCUACUCGAUUUCAUUGCCACAGCAAUGUAACCGCCAUAGCAAUACAUGCAAGCGAAACAUACGGAGACAGGCGUUCUCCUAUGUAGAAUGAAGAAUCCUGACAUUUUGAAUGAUAGUAAGUGCACACACCUAUUCGUGCAGACAUGAAGAAAAUUCCGAGAAAGCUAAACGAUCGUUAAUGACAAACUCUGUCAGAGGUAAUGGGAAUCGCUCACCCCUGCUUAUUCCUAUCCACAAGCCUUGGUGCAAUGGCCCGAACGUAUGUACAUGUGCAGAUCAAUAGAAGGAUGACAAGGAGCAAUGAUUGAAAGUUGAAAAGGGCAGACUUGAAGCAGUUUGUGAAUAAGAGAUCUUCAAGGCAUGUAAAGGAACAUAUUCACCAUUUCUCGUUUUUACUUUUCUUUGGCAGAAUUUGCCUUCUUAGAAGUUGAG